CUCUAUCACAGAAAUAAAGAACAUACAACGCGUUUCUUACCCCCUUUCUUUGUAAUUUUUUUUUCAAAUAAAAAAAAUACAUAUUUUAAUUGUGAAUAAUAAUAAUCCAAUGAUUGACGGAUAGGGUAUUUGAUAAAUCGCUUAUACAGUUCAGAGAUAAACAGCAAAAUAGCGAACGGAAAUGUUGUAUGGGGAUAAUAGUAACGAUAAUAAUAAUCAUCAAAAUGAAAAUAAUAAUAAUAAUGAUAAGAGUAAAUAACAAGAAAUUGAUGUCUAGGUGUCUUGAAAAGUGUCAAGGUUAAUAACAAACAACAAGGAACAACAACACAUCGAAAUGAUCUAUUUUUGGACAGAAUAUUCAUUAGACUACGAAGUCACCGUGGCAAGUUAACUCACUGACAUUGGAUUUGGAACAUUUCUUGGUAUAUAUCCCUACAGUAUCCUAUUAUAUCAUCAGUACAUCUACACAAUUAUUAUUAUUAAUAUAUAUUUGGCAUAUUUCUUUUCAGUGGAAUUGUUUAAUGUAUCCUUGAUGCUUUCUGGACAUUAAUACGAAUAUACGAAUAUUGACAAUUACUCAAAGUCAUUUCAUUUGACCAGUUAAUAUUACUUACACAUUUUUGUUGAAUUCAAGUUUUCCUAGUGUUGUUUACCUUAAUGACUUAUUGUUGGAAAAGUAUCCUAUUUCUAAUUGUAUUUAUACCCUUAUGAAAUUUUAACAGUAAUGCCAAGACGAAGACGUUCCUCACCGGCAAAUACUACUACUACUACUACGACAACAAGUACCACUACUACUGCUGUUAGUAAUAAUAAUAAUAAUGGAAGAGCAAUAAAUACAUCUACAAGUCAUCAACACUAUCAACACUAUCAUAAUCAUCAUUCAACACAUAAUACUAACAAUACUAAUAAUAAUUCCAGUAACGCUUUAAGAUUUCGUGGAGGACGAAGUGGUGGUGGUGAUACAAUCUCACCUCAGCAUAAUCGAUCUCAGGAUACACAAGAAACUCAAGAUUGUCAUGUUUCAUCUACAACUACUAAUUUAAUGCAAGAAAUUCAAAGUCAUCCUCUUUAUCCCCUGUUGGCUUUAUUAUUACAACAAUGUGAAAUAGCUACAGCCAGACCAGAUUCACCACCUCCAUUGGACACUUUCACUACAGAAUUGACUUCAUACAUUCAACGUCGGAUAGAACAACAACAACAACAGCAACAACAACAGGAUGAAGAAGUCGGAGAGGGUGAUGAUUUAAAACCAACUUCAUUAAAAUUAAGUAAUCGCCGUGAAAAAAAUAAUAAAAUCAAUGAGAAAUUUGGAAGUACAGAAGAUUCAGGUAAUCGUAAUACUGAGACUACAUCUGGCAUAACAACAGCUGAUAUUCCAAUCACCACAAAAACUACAGUGACUACAAAUACAUCAUCUAAUAAUGCUAGUCACAAGACAAAUUCAACAAUACAUACACGGAAUAACAAUGAACGUUUCUCGUCGCAUAAUAAUAAAUUGAACAAUGAAACAUCUUCACAACUUUUAGACAAUACUGACAUUCCGUUUCAUAAAUCAGCUGGAUGUAAUAAAAUGAAUAGUGAUAAAAAUAAUUCAGAUCACUUACCGAAUGAUACUGAUAUAUCAAAACAAAAUUGUACAUUUAAUGAUGAAAGAAAAUAUGAAUUUCUGAGCAACAAUUCAGAGUUAGAUGAAUUGAUUGUAAAAGCUAUACAAGUGUUGCGUAUACACUUAUUGGAGCUGCAUAAAGUCAAUGAACUUUGUAAAGAUUUCUGUUCCCGGUAUAUUUAUAGUUUAAAAUCGAAAUUUCAAUCAGAUCCCCUAAUCCAUGACUCACAACCAUCUUCACCAGGCGAAUCCGAGGCACUUUCUCCAAUUGCAUCAGGUUGUUACAAUCCCCGUUAUCCUCAUCAUCAUCAUAUGUUAGGAUCAAAUUUCCCCUAUCAUCCUGGAUCAACAGAUAUGAUUCCACCAGGCUACCGACGUCAUUUAUCCGGUCGACUUGAUGAUGAUUCCUUAUGUGGUUCAUCCGAUGUGGAAAAUCCUCGAUCAGGUUGUCUGCAUUCCAAUUCAUUGCACAAUCUUAAUCGUACAGGUUAUGAUAUGCAAGGAUCAUGUUACAAUACAAAUUUUCAUACAGUUGAUUAUAACUCUCCUUAUUUUAUGGAUAAAUCUAUGAUACAAGAGGAUGGUUCAGUAUCUUGUGAUGAAUCACUUUCACAGCUUCAUUCAUUCCUUUCACCGUAUGGUUCAUCUACGUUAAGUAGUGCAGCUUUUCAUGCCAGUUUGGAUGGUUUAUGUGUUGGUGGGAAACAAAAACGUGGAGUAUUGCCUAAAAGAGCUACACAGAUCAUGAAACAAUGGCUAUUUCAACACCUUGUACAUCCAUAUCCAACAGAAGAUGAAAAGCGACAAAUAGCGAGUCAAACAAAUUUGACUUUAUUACAAGUUAAUAAUUGGUUCAUCAAUGCUAGACGACGUAUUCUACAACCAAUGCUUGAUUCUUCAAAUUUUGUACCACUUGGAAAUAAUUGUAACAGUGUUGAUGGAUCAUCUGAUAGAAUGUCAGGCUCGAUUGGUUCAAGUGAAACACACGUGAUUAGUAAAAAGAAAAAAGCUGCAACAAGCAGACCUUCAAAUAACCGUUUCUGGCCAGCAAGUUUAGUCGCUGCAGCUGCUAUACACCCUGCAGCCGCUGGUUUAGUAUCAUCUGGCAGCAGUAGUUUCAGUGCAGCAAUCAAUUCCGCCCUCAACAGUACCAGUAACAGUAAUGCUGUUAACACUACAACAAGUUCCGCACGAUCUGAUUGUCACACAUCAGAAACACGACCUAGUUCUUUAGAUGAAGUGAACAGUGAUACCUCAGUGCAUUCAAUAUCGAAACAUCCAUCCAAGUGUGGUUAUAUUCCUCAAAACUAUGAAUCAUCAUUGUCGUUACCUAACAGUUCUGAAGAAAAUCAUCCCUAUGAUAAUAACAAUAAGUUAUCAUCAUCUGACCUUUGGAAUCUUGAUACACGUACAGAUUUAUUUAAUUCACAGAAAUUCUAUUCCACCCUACAGUCCAGUUUACCUUCAACAAAAAUAAGAGCCAGUAUGCAUGAUAAUAAUCUUGGCGUAUGCAACAAUGAUGCUACUGGAAGUAUAUCGAAUUCCUCCACUCUAUCAAGUCAAAAUCAUUCAUUCCCAACAGAUACAAAUCAGUGUUUAAGUCAGUUCAGUUCAACAACUACCAUGGGAACAGAUCCAUCACAGAUGAUAUCUGGAAAGUAUGAUCCCAUGCAUCAUGAGAAUUUAAAUGUAAAACAAUCAGAUGAAAUCGUCAAUAAACACAUGACUCCAUUGAUGAUGUCAUCUUUAUCAUCGUCAUCUUCGUGUUCUAAUUCAAAAGAAACAGAUCAGCAGGGUACAGAUACAUUACAACAACAACAACAAAGACACACUGACGGGGUAUCGGAGAAGAGUUUUUCAUUAAGUAAACCAGCGGACUGUAAAUCAUUAUUUAUUAGUGGUAAUACCAGUAAUAACAAUAAUACUAAUAACAUGCCUUCUAGGAGUGAAGUGAGUACCGAUAAUAUUAGCGUAAAAGCAGAAAGGAAUUUCCGUGAAUUCAAUCCAGUCUUGUCGAAUAUAUCAGUGGAUUCAAAUGAAAGUAAAGGGAACAACAACAGCACUAUAGAAAAUGGAUUAUUGGAUACAAACUUAAUGAACACCGGUAAUCCCAGUGGUAGAGACUUUGCAAACAUUUCAAAUGGUGAUAACGCCGCCACCGCCGCCUAUGGAUUAAGACCACAGAAUGAUUUAGCCAUGACAAUGAUGAUGAUGAAUUCAUCAGCAUCAUCAUCGAACUAUCCACAGAAUUAUUCCUCUAUGCUGUUAUCUCAUGCACAGACUUAUUCAAAUUACUUGUCUAAUAGCAUGAGUAUGUCAAGCAAUUUGUUACCAUUCGAUAUUCAUAACAAUAAUAAUACUAAUUCUAAUUAUAAUCAUGGUAAUAAUGCAAGUAGUCAUUUCAACCAGUUGAACUAUCCAUCUCAUACAUAUCCUAAUAUUGCUAAUCUUACAACAACAAGACAAAGUUCAGGGUUUAAUCAGACCGCCAAUUUCCCCAUAUCAAAUUUAAACAAUUCAUCUACUACUCCUGAUCCUAGUGCAUCCCAACAUCAACAUUCUAAUCAAUCUCCAUCUAUACAUAAUAAUAAUACAGAAGUAUCAGAUGUUGUUUCUGAGCAUUGGUCACAUCUUACAGAUACAUCAUCGUGUAGCCAAUUUAAGCAUAAUUUGAAUUCAAUUAAUCAUACAUUUCCUACAAGCUGGACAAAUAAGCUAAAACAGUUUAGCUCGUCUACACUACAGAAUCAUAUUAAUACCGACUGUUUAUCCGCUUCAUCAGAAGAUGAUCCACAACGACAUCAACAUCAUAAGCAAUCGCAUCCUCCUCACCACCAUCAUCAUCAUCAUGGUCAACGUCAUCAUCUACACGAUAAUCAACAUCCUGGUGAGUCAGAUGGUCAACAAUUUAUGGAGUGUUUAAGAAAUUCCAGUCUUUUAAGCCGUAAUGAUGAAUCAAGUGAUGAACAGUUAUCAAGUAGUAUACACACUUCUGGUCAAAUGUUUUAUAAUCAUCCCAGUGAUAUAAUUAAUAAUUCGAAUUAUACACACGCUGAAUCAAGUUUACAGGAUUCCUUGAAUUCCAAGUCAAUUUAUCCUAUACCAUACGAUCAUAAUCAUCAUCAGCAUCACCAUCAGCAUCACCAUCAGCAUCAGCAACAUCAAGAGCAUCAACAACUUCACCAUCAUCUUCAGUAUAACAAUACAAUCCCAUUCGGUCAUAUCACUAAUAUGAAUAAUAGCAAUACUAGUAAUUUCAGUGCAAUUGAAUGCACUGACACUAGUGACAGUACAAGCCAUAAUGACAAUAAUAAAACAAGUGUAUCAUUCUUUAAAUCACCGCCAAUGAAUAAACCAAACUCGAACUAUAUAUAUCCUAAUUCAUAAGUUAUCAGAAUUCCCCCAAUACCUUCCCUUCCCCUCCCCGUUGCCCGCCAGCUAAUGAUCACAAUGUUUUACUUUCAAACUUUCUAAGCUUUCUUCAUUUCAUAUUUGUACAUAAUUGAAUAUAUACAUAUAUAUGCACAUAUAAUAUUUCUAAGAGGAAACUUAUUAUAUGAAUUUAUCUGUUUUGAUAAUAUUUUCAUCUUGAAAUAACGCGAAAAAGUUGUUAUUUCUAUUACUUCUACUACUACUGAUGCUCUUUCCUGUCUAUAAUCUUCGUGUUCCCAACACAAAUGAAUUAAAUUGAAGUCUUCUAAAUGUGGAUUGUACACACAGACUUUAAAUGUACACAACAAAAGGUAAUACUGGCACAAACUUUCCAGUUAUACACUUCUCUACUGGAUGGCAAUAAUCUAAGGUGUUUGGUGAUAUACAAAAAUAAUUAAUGAUAGAAAAUAAAAAAAAAUAUAAUGAAGGAUGACAAGAUUAUCUGACUGAAAUAUUUCACUUCUAUUGUACAAAAACAAUAUUGAUAGAAUAAUAAACCCAUAUUUACAUCUUUAGUAAAAAUGGGGGGAGGGGCGGGAGGUAGUUAGAAGUUGCCUGUUCAACAGAAACACUUUCUUUCGUCGCCCGAUCUUUCUUCUUCUCCUUCUCCUACUUCGUCUUCUGUAUUUGUUUUUCUCUCUUUUCAGCUUUUCUUUAUUUCAUGGAAAACAGGGUAAUAUUGUUACAGUAAUGAUAACUUUUUAUUAUGAAUUUUAUUGAAAAUGGAGAAGAAGAGGAAGAGGAUGAAGAAAAAGAAGAAGCAAGAAGCAAGAAAUGGCUAGUGAAUCUUAUUAUUAAUUCGUUAUUUUCAUUAUUACCAG